UUUUUUUUUUUUUUUUUUCCUGCUUUGCCCCCCUUAAGGCUUUCGCUUUUCUCCCUGGCCUUUCCGCCGAUCCCAGCUCGAGGCUUGCGGGCUUGUUUUUCUUUUUCUACUCGAGAGUCCAUCAUGCCCUGACUUGCUUCGUAUCUUCCCUCCUCUUGUAUAUCUCUUUCGACGAUCGUUUCGAUAUAUCGGUUUUCCGAACCCCUGCCGUGUGAGAUUCCCAAUCGUCCUGGGGGCUUGUUUCCACGGGCCAUAUUACUAUAUAUCUAUAUUUACGACGCAUGCUCGGUUGACCCGGCACCCUUUCUGAUAUUUUUAUACUUGAUAUUCCGAACCCCUUCUCCUUACAACGGUCGUUUCAGUGUUUUGUUUAAGACCACCAAUUUCCAAUGGCGACUACCCUCCAUGGAACUGCCAUCAUAACCGGCGCGAAUGGGUCGCUCGGGUCCGAGGUCGCCAUCGCCAUCGCGAAGGCACAACCCUUCGUGCAUCUGAUGUUGCUGGCCCGUGAUAUCCGGUCGGAGAGCGUCAAGGAUCUAACGGCGAGGCUCCGGUUGAUUGGACCUAGGUCCGUCGAGGUGCUGAGAGUUGACCUGGCCAACUUCAACUCCGUCGUCAGUUUCUCCCAGAACACGGUGGAGAGGGUCCAGAGCAAGGAAAUCCCGCCGGUGACCCUGUUGAUCAACUGUGCCGCCAGCUCCUCCUAUGUGGCCGAUCAAGGGACGCGGGACGGCUACGAUCCCGUCUACCAGACGAAUAGUAUCGCCCCCUUCCUCUUGACCGUCACCCUCCUCGAGGCCUUCCGGGCCGGUGAUGGCACCCCCAACGGCGGAGCGAAGAUCAUCAACAUCGGAUGUGCCUCCAUGUCCAAGGGAUCCCUGGACUACUUCGAGAAGAACGACCUCAACGACGCGAAUCAGCGGCCCGGGUCGCCCAUCAGUGCGAAAGACGGGAAUAUUCGGUAUGGAAGCAGUAAAUUAUUGAUGAGUGCCGCCAUGUAUGCGUUGCGUCGGAGUUUGGUCCUGUCCGGCAGUAUUGCGCUCAACAUCUUCACCCUCGACCCGGGCAACUUGACGGGAGAGAACCACCUCACCACCGCCGCUCCUCUGUCGGUUCGCAUGGCACACCAAACCCGAUCUGGACUCGGUCCAUUCCUGCGUGUCUUCUCCAAGAGUGCCAUCAACAAGGCCACGGUGCCGGCCAAGAUCAUCGCCAAAAUCGCAUUCCAGCGCGAGACGGUAGAGAACUGGGGUCGGGAGCGAUAUUUCAUCCUGGAUAGCGAGUACGAAGCCGGGUCGGUGAUUCCGGUACUGCGAGACCCGGCGCAGAUGGACGCAUUGCUCAAGAAAGUAAUGCGACAAGUCGAGAUCGGAAUCAAGGGGAUGGGCUUCCAACCGCGUCCUCAACCCGCCCUGCGACGGCGAAGACAACUCAUCCACCGAUUAUGUUUCCUCGGCGGAAUUUCGAUAUUCCUCCUGGUCCUAAUAUUUCCGUCCUGGCGGGCUGCACUGCUGCCAACGUUCUCUCUUGGACUGGUCGCAUCUAGCGACGACCUCCACAUCCAAACAACGCGAUACUAUGAUCUGUCCAAGACGCAGGGCACCGGAAGUGGCUGGGAAAAUGGAGAGCGUGUCCUCAUGUGCACGCCUCUCCGAGAUGCCUCGUCGCAUCUACCGAUGUUCUUUUCCCACCUCCGGAACCUGACAUACCCGCACAACCUCAUUGACCUAGCUUUCCUGGUGUCGGAUUCGAAGGACGGUACACUAGAGAUGUUGUCGAGCAUGCUGGACGAGCUUCAGAAUGACGUCGAUCCCAAGAUGUCCUUUGGCGAAAUCUCCGUCAUUCAAAAGGAUUUUGGCCAGAAGGUGACGCAAGACGUAGAAAGCAGACACGGUUUCGCUGCUCAAGCCGGACGAAGAAAGUUGAUGGCUCAGGCAAGGAAUUGGUUGCUGAGCGCCACUCUUCGCCCGACUCACAGCUGGGUAUAUUGGAGAGACGCCGAUGUACAGACGGCGCCGUCUACUAUUAUAGAAGAUCUCAUGAGACACGACAAGGAUGUUAUUGUGCCGAACGUUUGGCGACCCCUGCCCGACUGGCUAGGCGGAGAACAACCCUACGAUCUAAACUCUUGGCAGGAGUCGGAGACGGCGCUGGCUCUGGCCGAAACGUUGGAUGAAGAUGCGGUGAUUGUGGAGGGAUAUGCCGAGUACGCAACGUGGCGGCCUCAUCUGGCUUACCUCCGCGAUCCCUACGGCGACGGCGAUAUGGAAAUGGAGUUGGACGGCGUCGGAGGCGUCAGUAUCCUUGCGAAAGCGAGGGUCUUUCGCGCCGGAGUCCAUUUCCCGGCUUUCAGUUUCGAGAAACACGCAGAGACCGAGGGAUUUGGCAAGAUGGCCAAACGCAUGGGAUUCUCGGUCAUCGGCUUGCCGCACUACACCAUCUGGCAUCUUUAUGAACCCAGCGUGGACGAUCUCCGACACAUGGAGGAAAUGGAACAGGAACGCAAGGCACGCGAGAAAGAAGAAAAGGAGCAGGCCGAACGAACGGAACGGGUUAAGACCAUGUUCAAAGACACCAAAACCCAAUGGGAGAUUGACAAUGCGUUUGUCCGUGACUCGAUCGAAGAGGAACAGAGGGAACAGAAAGCCUCGGAGCCUGUAUCCAACGAAGACACGAAAUCGCCUGGGAACAACCCUGCAGCAAAGGAGGCACCCGAGCAGCAGGGGCCGAAAGACCCGAAAGAGAAGGUCUCAGAGCCUUUGAAGGGCGAUGACAUCCGCAACUCAGAAGAGGCACCCGCCAUCAAACCGGCCAAGGGACGUGUCGAUUCCCUGGACGAUGAGCAAACGAGACACUGAGGGGGUUAGAUCUUCCUCAAUCUGAAGGAAAGACUGAAGUCGAAGCCUCACCGGGUUAAACCACCGUUUAAGGGGCAGAUUUUUGCAUCUACCUCUGUGCUGGUCACAGUGUAGCUGUUGUCUUUUAUGAAAACAUGUUUACUUGAGGAGUGUUGGUCUGCUUACAUGGGGUUAUUGGUUAAUAUUCUGGGUCUGGUGAAAAGGAUUCAGAGCUCAUUUCCGGAGGCUUUUUAUUCUCUGUAUUGAUGUAUUGCUAUAGAUAGACGAACAACAUAUUUUUGUUAGUGUUU